AUGAAUGCCGUUGCUACAACAGAGAAGGAAUCAGAUCGUUAUCAAAUUCGCAGAAAGAAGAUGGAUUGGUUAUGCCGUGGAUGCUCUCAGGAAGACCUCUUUCUCCCUCUGAUCAAGACUCCAAAUUGUUCACUUCAGACAUUCCAACCUCCAUCACCAGACCGAAGCUCCACGUUCUGUAAACGGACUCCUCCGUAUGAAGACCUCCAACCCGAAAUCAGAGACGAAGAAUCAAACUCGAAGAGUUUAAACUCGAAGAACCCUAAGCGGAAGGAAAAAUAG